CUGCAGGAGCACGUCUGCGCAGGAGUCGGGGGUCUGCUGUGCAGAGGAGCAGACGCAGAGCGGCACGUCUGAGUCUCCACUGUGAAGGUCUGCUGUCGGCUGGAGCUGCAGGGGGAGGAUCUGACGGUCCAGGAUGGAGGGAAGACUGCUGCUCUGCCUCGUGUUGGCAGUGUGUUUCCAUGGAAACGCAGCUCAGAACACAGUCUGCACUCAGGAAGUGAAGGCCGACAUCGUCUUCCUGGUGGACGGCUCGUGGAGCAUUGGCAGACCCAACUUUCAGCAGGUCCGCCACUUUCUGUCCACGCUGGUCAGCAGCUUUGAUGUUAGUCCAGAUCACGUCCGCAUCGGCCUGGCGCAGUACAGCGACGAUUCUCGCACCGAAUUCCUGCUCAGAACCUUCCAGAACAACAGGGACGUCCUACAGUACAUCGCCAGGUUGCCCUACAAGGGCGGUGGGACGAUGACGGGGAAAGGCUUGGACUUCCUGCUGCAGGAGCACUUUGUUGAAGCAGCUGGAAGCCGGGCCAGCAGCGGCGUGACGCAGAUCGCCGUGGUGAUCACCGACGGCAAAUCCCAGGACGAGGUGAAAAGCCAGGCUGAGAAACUGAAGCAGCGGGGAAUUAUUUUGUACGCCAUUGGCAUCAAAAAUGCGAUCCUAACCCAGCUGAAGGAGAUCGCGGACGAGCAGAACAUCUACACCGUGUCGGACUUCUCUGCGCUGCAGGGCAUUUCCCAGAGCGUCAUCCAGACGCUGUGCACCACGGUGGAGGAGGCCAUGCGGCCGAUUGGGCAGCUGUCUCCAGAAUGUGCUAUGGCCACUGUGGCCGACAUCGUCUUCCUGGUGGACGGUUCCUCCAGCAUUGGCAUUGACAACUUUGAGGAGGUCAGGCUGUUCCUCAGAGAAGUGGUCUCCGGUCUGGACAUCGGCCCAGAUAAGGUUCGGGUCGGCUUGGCUCAGUACAGCGACGAACCCUACCAGGAGUUUUUGCUGAAGGACCACUUCGAUGCUUCAUCCCUGCUGGCUGCUAUCGAGAGGUUACCGUACAGGACCGGCCAGACGGAGACGGGCAAGGCCAUCAGCUUUCUGCUGUCUCAGUACUUCACGGAGGAGGCCGGGAGCCGCGCCCGCCAGCGGGUGCCUCAGAUCGCCGUGGUGAUCACAGAUGGGGACUCGUCCGACGAUGUGGAGGAACCCGCUCAGCAGCUGCGGGAGCAGGGUGUCAUCGUAUUCGGCAUCGGUGUGGGACAGGCCAACCUGGGGGAGCUCCAGCUCAUCGCCAACCGGCCCGCGCAGCGCUUCCUGUUCACCAUCGAAAACUACCAGGCCCUGCAGACGCUGACCAGCAGCCUGAUGCAGACCAUCUGCGUGUCCAUGGAGGACCAGAGGCUGGCAUUGGCAGAAAGGUUUGCAGACAUCUUUGUCUUGGUGGACAGCGGCAUUUCCCAGACAGAAUUCCAGCAGGUCCGGUUGCUCCUCAACCGACUCACCAAUCAGCUGAACCUUGGUGCGUCCACCAACCGCCUGGGCCUGGCUCAGUACGGCAAGGUGGUGAAGGUGGAGUUCCUGCUCAACAAGCACAACACUAAAGAGGAAAUCCUGGACUCCCUAAAGCGCUUCCGCAUUUCACGACCCCUGCCCUCCGAUCCGCGUAACCUGGGCGCUGCCUUAGAGUUCGCCAGAGCCAACUUUUUCACAGUGGAGGCGGGGGGCCGGGCGGCAGUGGGCUCCCGCCAGUUCCUGGUUGUUCUGAGCGGGAAGGACUCUGAUGAUUCUGUGUACAAGGCCUCCCGUCUGAUCAAGUCUGCCGGCAUAACCGUGGUGGGAAUGAGCCUCGGAGCAUCCAUGACAGAGAUGAGCGUGGUCGCCACCCCCCCGUACGUCUACCAGAUCCCUGUCGCGACCGCGGCGCCGACUCUCAAAGGGAUCAUUGGACAACAGCAACAAGAUCCUGAUCUGACCCAAGACUGCAGAGCGGCCAAAGUGGCAGACAUCGUCUUCGUCAUCGAUCAGUCCGGAAGCAUCGGAACGGCCAACUUCCAGCUGGUGCGCAUGUUUGUGCACUCCAUUGUGAGCGGACUGGAUGUGGGUCAAAACAGAGUUCGGGUGGGCGUGGUCGUGUACAACGACAAGCCCGAGGCGCUGGUCUACCUUAACACCUUCAAAAACAAGCAGAACCUUCUAAACUUCAUCCAAAUCCUGCCUUACGUCGGAGGAGGAACCAAGACUGGAGCUGCGCUGAACUUCACCCUCCAGAGUGUCUUCACCAAGGAGAGCGGCAGCAGGACCAACACGGGUGUCCAGCAGGUGGCGGUGGUCAUCACAGACGGAGAAUCUCAGGACAGCGUGCGUGAGGCAGCAGCUUCUCUUCGCCGCUCAGGCGUCAUCGUUUACUCUGUGGGAGUGGACAAAGCUAACGAGACAGAGCUGAUCCAGAUAGCCUCCCACCCCCCCAAAGAGCAUGUGUUCAUCGUGAAGAGCUUUGCUGAACUGACCCCCCUGAAAGUCAAGCUGCAAAAAGUCCUGUGCUACAACAUCAUCCGUCAGGCGGUGACGGUUGCUGGGCGAAGCAGCGCCAUCAAAGAAGGAUGUCUCCAAACGGAGGAAGCAGACAUCUUCUUCCUCAUUGACCACUCCAGAAGCAUUUACCCGUCUGACUUCAAGGACAUGAUAAAUUUCAUCAUCGAGUUCAUCCAGACCUUCCGGAUCGGGCCGCAGUAUGUCCGCAUGGGCGUGGUGAAGUAUGCAGACCUUCCAGAAUUGGAGUUUGGACUGGAAACGUACAUGGAUGCCGAGAAUCUGGAGACCGCGGUGAGGACCAUUCAACAGAGGGGGGGCGGGACAGAAACUGGAAGGGCUCUGACUUUCAUGGGAAGUCUAUUUGACAAAGCCAAAGACUCUCGGGGCCACAAAGUCCCAGAGUACCUCGUGGUCAUCACCGACGGGAAGUCCUCUGACGAGGUGAAGAGUCCGGCAGAGAAGCUGAGGUCCAAAGGUGUCACCAUCUACACCAUCGGGGUGAAGGAAGCAGACAAAAAGGAGCUGGAGGAGAUCUCAGGAGACCCAAAAAGGAUGUUCUUUGUCAAUGACUUUGAUGCCCUGAACCCCAUCAAGGACAAGGUGAUCACAGACAUCUGUUCUGCUGACGUUUGCAAGGACUUAUCAGGAGACCUGGUCUUCCUGAUUGACAGCUCCGGCAGCAUCUAUCCACAAGACUACGAGAAAAUGAAAGACUUCAUGAAGUUUGUCAUCAGCAGGUCCUUCAUUGGGAGGAACGAGGUGCACGUUGGUGUCUUGCAGUUCAGCUCCAGCCCGCAGCCUGAGUUCGACCUCCGCAGCUUCUUCAGCAAGGAGGACAUGCUGCAGGCCAUCAAUGGCAUGCAGCAGCUGGGGGGGGGCACUCUGACGGGCGACGCCCUCACCGCCGUGUCUCAGUACUUUGACUCAGCGUUGGGAGGGCGUCCACACCUGCAGCAGAGGCUGGUGGUGGUAACCGACGGACAGGCUCAGGAUGAGGUUCGAGGCCCGGCUGAGGCCCUCAGGGAAAAGGGGGUGAAGAUUUAUGCCAUCGGCGUGGUCGACGCCAACACCACCCAGCUGUUGGAGAUCAGUGGGUCACAUGACAGGAUGUACUCUGGCAGAGACUUUGAUGCCCUAAAGGACCUGGAGAGUCUGUUGGCUCUGCAGCUGUGUGAUCCACAGAGAGACUGCAAGAAGACGGAAAGGGCGGACAUCAUUUUCCUGGUGGAUGGUUCCACCAGCAUUUCUUUGGAGAACUUCAAAAGCAUGCAGAAGUUCAUGCUCUCCAUGGUGAACCAAACCACCGUUGGUGAGAACCUGACUCGCUUCGGUGUCCUCCUCUACUCCAAUGACCCAAAGAUGAUGUUCAAGCUGAACCAGUUCAAAACUAGACAAGAGGUCUUGAAAGCCAUAUCAGGCCUGAAGCCCCCAUCUGGAGACACCUACACUGGCAAGGCUCUGAAGUUCUGUUUGCAGUUCUUCAGUGCUGAAAACGGAGGGCGAGCAGAGCUGCAGGUCCCUCAGAUCCUUAUGGUGAUCACAGAUGGAGACGCCACUGACCGGAACAACCUGGUUGAGCCGUCAGAGGCGCUGAGAAGCAAAGGAGUCAAUAUCUUCAGUAUCGGAGUAAAGGGAGCCAACAUGACGCAGCUAGAGAUCAUGGCUGGUCAAGACAAAUCCAAAGUUUUCUUUGUGGACAACUUUGCCGCCUUGGAAGGUCUCUACAAAAAUAUCUCAAAGGAACUCUGCAACUCCACCAAGCCAGUUUGUGAGAAGCAGCAGGCUGACCUGGUCUUCCUCGUGGAUCAGUCUGGCAGCAUCCAAACGGGAGACUAUGACCUCAUGAAGAACUUCACCACAGAGCUGGUGAAAAGCUUUAGCAUCGGCCAGAAGUUGGUGCGGGUCGGACUGGCCCAGUUCAGCAGCAGCUUUCAGCACGAGUUUUACUUGAACCAGUUCAGUGAGGACACAGAGGUGUCCGAGCAUAUCCUGGAAAUGACACAGACUGGUGGGGGCACCAAUAUUGGACUUGCUCUCAAGUCCAUCAGGGAGUAUUUUGAAACCUCCCGGGGAAGCCGGAGGUCUGAGGGCAUCUCCCAGAAUCUGGUGCUGAUCACUGAUGGAGAGUCUCAGGAUGACGUGGAGGAUCCAGCCGAUGACCUCAGGGCUCUCGGGAUCGAGAUAUUUGCCAUCGGCAUUGGAGACGUCCAUGAUUUGGAGCUGCUGCAGAUCACCGGUACCCCGCAGAGGCUCUUCACGGUGCAGAACUUUGGCAGCUUGGAGAACAUCAAACAGAAGGUGGUCGACACCAUCUGCAAGUCAAAACCCAGUGGAGAUCCAUCCUCCUGCACCAUCGACAUUGCCAUGGGGUUUGACAUCUCGACUAGAAGAGUUUCUGGAGAAUCUCUGGUCAGCGGCCACAACAAGCUGCAGGCCUUCCUGCCGGAAAUCGCCCGCUACCUUUCAACGGUUCCCCGCCUGUGCUGCACCAACAGCCCCGUUCAGAGCAACCUGGCCUACCGAGUGGUGAACGUGGACGGACGCGUCCUCUACGACUUCAACUUUGAGGCCCACGAUGAGGACGUGCUGAGGAAAGUCAUGGCACUGAGCUUGUCUGAGUCCACCUCCUUCAACAGGGCCAUGCUGGGAUCCUUCCGGGAGAAGUUCGAGGCCCAGUCCCAAGCAGGGGUGAAGGUGCUGCUGAUCUUCUCAGAUGGCCUCGAUGAUGACAUCAUGAAGUUGGAGCAGGAAUCAGAUCUGCUGCGACAGUCGGGAGUCAGUGCUCUGCUGGUUGUGGCUCUGGAGGGGGUCCGGGACACCGCCCAGCUACAGAUGGUGGAGUUUGGUCGGGGAUUCGGCUACAAGCUGCCUCUGACCAUCGGAAUGCCGAGCAUCGGCAGCACCAUCCUAAAACAGAUUGAUACUGUGGCGGACAGGGAGUGCUGCAACGUCAUGUGCAAGUGUUCAGGCCACGAGGGCUUGCGGGGCUCUCGUGGCCCCCCAGGACUAAAAGGCGGCUCAGGACAGAAGGGUUACCCCGGCUUUCCUGGGGAGGAGGGCGUCGCCGGUGACAGGGGCUUCCCAGGACCUAGUGGGCCUCCGGGUCUGCAGGGAUGUUCUGGACCCAGAGGGCAGAAGGGGGGCAGGGGCCUGAGGGGGAGCAGGGGUGAAGACGGAGAGGACGGGCUGGAUGGAGUCAAUGGAGAGCAGGGAGAAGCGGGAAGGGUUGGAGCCCGAGGAGCGCAAGGAGACCCUGGAGAUCCGGGUAUCCCGGGUAUCAGAGGGGAGCAGGGGCAGAAAGGGCAGCGAGGACUGAGAGGAGAUGUGGGUGAGCCGGGGGCUGAUAACACCUCCAGUGGACCGAGGGGGGAGCUCGGUAAUCCAGGCCAACCGGGGCCCCCCGGAUCUGACGGCCGGCCUGGGGAGAGUGGAGUCAUCGGAAACCAGGGUCCAGAAGGACGGCGAGGGCCUCCUGGUGAUACGGGUCCUCUAGGACCCACUGGCUCUGAUGGAGAACCAGGCUCCCCAGGACCUUCCGGUGCACAGGGAUCCAUGGGGCCCAGAGGUCAGCCCGGACAGAGAGGGAUCUUCGGCUUCCCUGGACGUGAGGGUGAUCCUGGACCGGCUGGACCUCCAGGAUCCGCCGGCCGCCUCGGCGCUAACGGACGGAAGGGAGAACAAGGAGAACCUGGAGCCCCAGGAACUCCAGGACCCCAGGGGCCCAGAGGAGCACCGGGUCAGGACGGCAGAGACGGCUUUGGACCCGAAGGACCUAAAGGUGUCAAGGGAGAUCCUGGGUUUCCUGGAUUCCCGGGUCUGCAGGGGGAGGCGGGCUUGAAGGGACCCAAAGGACUGCUGGGACGUAAGGGGAGCCAGGCCCGCGGGGGAAACUCCGGCCUUCCGGGGGAGUCCGGCGUGAACGGAGAUCCGGGAUAUCCGGGACACAAGGGCCCCCGAGGUUCUCCUGGAGCCAGAACCAUGUCUGAGUGUCAGCUGAUCACCUUCAUCAGAGACAACUGCGCGUGCUCCUCCGGUCCUUCGGAAUGCCCGGCCUAUCCCACCGAGCUGGUCUUUGGUCUGGACAUGUCCGACGACGUGUCUGCCGCCGCCUUCGAGACGCAGCGCUCCGCCCUCCUGGACCUGCUGGAGGGCAUCAGCAUCGCUGAGAGCAACUGUCCGUCGGGCGCACGCGUGGCCGUGGUGGGUUUCAACCAGCGCAGCACGCGCCUGAUCCGCUUCCAGGACUACCACCGCAAGUCUCAGCUGAUCGACGCCGUGAAGAACGUCGCUCCAGAGAAGACCAAGAACAAGCGCUUCCUGGGCGCCGCCAUGCGCUUCGUGGGUCAGAACCUCUUCAAGCGCGUGCGAGCAGGAGUGAUGGUGAGGAAGGUUGCCGUGUUCUUCUCCAGCGGGCCCACGCAGGACGCCAAAGACGUGCUGACCGCGGUCAUGGAGUACCGCGGCCUGAACAUCGUCCCGGUGGUCAUCUCUCUGAGCGACGCCCCUGCCGUCAGAGCUGCAGUGGAGGUGGACGACUCGGGUAACUCCAUCUUCAUCCACCUGGAGAACCCAGAGGACCUGGGUUCUUACCUGAAGAGGGUCAAGGACUGCGCCAUCUGUUACGACCCCUGCAGACCAUCAGUGGACUGCUCCUUUGUCCGGGACCAGCCUCAGCAGGUGAACGUGGACCUGGCGGUGGUGGUGGACGGGUCCAGGGAGGUUCAGGUGGACGAGUUCGCCGGCGCUCAGCAGCUGCUGGGCUCGGUUUUGGAGCAGCUGGCCGUGAGUCCUCAGCCCAGACGGCCCGGGAACCUGGCCCGGGUGGCCGUGGUCCAGCAUGGCGGUGCCCAGGCCCCCACGCUGGAGUUCGGCCUGCAGACCUUCCAGAACCGGGACCUGAUGAAGAGACACCUGCUCCAGACCAUGAGGCAGCAGGGCGGCCCCUCCCUGCUGGGACAGACGCUGAACUACACCCUGAGGGAGGUGCUGCCGAAAGCGGGCCUGACCCGCCGGAAGAGGGCUCUCCUGACGGUGCUGGCGACCCGGACGGCCUCCGCAGACCGGAGCGCGCUCAGAACCCUGUCCCUGAAGGCCCAGUGUGACGGCGUGGCGGUGUUCGUGCUGACGGUCGGACGCCGCUACAACCAGACGCAGGUGGAGGAGCUGGCCAGCUCACCUGUGCAGCAGCACCUGGUCCACCUGGACAGGCUGGGGGACGAGGAGCGGGGCUACGCCCAGCGCUUCUUCAGGGUCUUCCUGUCCGCCCUCAGCAAGGACAUCAGCCCCUACCCCCCCGCCAGUUUACGAACAACCUGUAGUGAACUGCGCGACCAGGAGGGGGGGCAGACCGUCUUUCCAGGGGGGGGAGGACAGCAGGAGGCGGGUCAGCUGGACCCCCCAGAGACCAGAGGAGACGGGCUGAUACUGCACCCCGGAACCGGAUUCAAUGGACCACAAAAGGAGCUGCAGGUGGAGCUCGCCACUUUCAACCGUAAAGACGCCUGCCGGCAGCCGCUGGACCAAGGCUCCUGCCAGACCUACGCCAUGAUGUGGUUCUUCGACAGCAACGAGACCAAGUGUGCUCCCUUCUGGUACGGCGGCUGUGGCGGCAACCAGAACCGCUUCAGCACGGAGGAGGAGUGCCAGACCGUGUGUCUGGAGGGCCGAUGAGGAACCUCCCCGGGGGAACCAGGAGCCCCCCUGGAGGGUCGCUGAGCGAGGCUUCCCUCUGAACCACAGGCUCGUCUCAAAAACCCGCCCCCAAAGUCCAGCGUCUACAUCUGAGGUUCUCCGAGCUCAGAGCAGAACCUUCAGAGGUGGGCUCUAGAACCCAAAACCCGGCAGCUCGGUUUCUCCCUCAGACCAAAGCGGACUCAGUGUAACAAAAAGAGCAGAAAGAGUCAGAUAUGGGCUUUUAUUGCAGCUUCAGAACCUGACGCUGGUCAAUGUGGGUCAGAGGAAACCAGAACUGUUGACCCUUCAGAACCUCUGUGUCGGUUGGAAGAAUGAAACUGAAGCCAAAUAAACGUUUCUGUAACGAG